AAGAGUUUCAUCAGUUAUGUAUUUAUAUGGUAUGCAGUACUUCUACCAAGUGAUUCUCUCUCCUCUCUUCUCAAGUACGACCUAUGAACCCUGUAUUCCCCCCUCCAACGUCGCAUCAACGUCAAGAAAUGUCCCAGAGGACCCACCUCCGCCCGGAGCUCAUGACCCACCAUCGACCCCAAGUUUCGGCAGCCUUCAUCGUUUGUCAUGAGCCGUAUAGGAAGCGAUCAAUCUUGGAACAGGUCAGGCCUGUUUCAAACCUGGCCUUUGAGCCUAUUAUAAUCUCUUUUGUCGUGUCUGCAGAGCCUGUUCUUUUGUACAUUGGUGGUAUGCGUCACUAGGAGCGCGCGUACCAGUAUAACAUCAUGUCGAGCCCAACAUUGACGACAGCGUCAUCCAGAUAAUGAUAGCGCGAACCGCUCCCGAUAGCUUUACCAGAGACACGAAUGCAUAUACCAUCGCCGCCAGCAUGACUCAACGAUAUAUCUCGAAUAACUUGCCUCCCCAGAAACUCGGUUCGGAUCCCAAAGAGCUCUUCACAUAUGCUCUUGAACUCGUCGUACGGCAUACGCCGCCUCGUGAGGUCUACCACGAACGCCACCUUGGCGGUCUCUUCAUGGGAUACACUGGUCUUGCUUACCUGUUCCUUCAACUGUCCGAACUAUACCCAGAUCUGAAAAUCUCUGGCCAAGACUUGCUGUCUUGGGCGAAACGCUACCUGGAAGGAGACCGUGGAAAGUUGGUCCUAGAGAAUGGCAACUGCGGCAUAUCGUCCGAGAAACUAUCAUUCGAAGCAGUAAGAGCGUGCAUAACCAAGGAGGAUGAUCACUUAAUAACCUUCCUGAGCAAUAUACCAAUACUUCUUGGUCCCUAUACGAGCCCCCAGGAAGAUACUUUUCCAUCAGAGAUACCCUAUGGGCGGGCCGGUGCAUUAUACAUGUUGCGUAUGGUGAAACACUGGGUUCCCAGGAGUAAGAGUCUCGUUGAAUCUCCGAUCAAGAGACUUACAGAGCGUAUUAUGGCCACCGAUGACGACGGCAGGGGUAAUUGGGAGUGGCAUGGGAAGAGGUAUUUUGGAGCAGCUCAUGGUGACAUAGGUAUCAUCACACAGCUCGUUCUUUCAAACCCAUCACUCGCCCCACAACUUGCACGACGCGUGGAAAAGCUUCUCGAGCUUCAGGGUCCUGACGGGAAUUGGCCGUCGAGCCUGCGGAGCCUCAAGGAGGGCAAAGGCGCAAGUCUCAUUCAGUGGUGCCAUGGUGCCCCUGGUUUCUUGUAUUCGCUGACGUCCCUGCGCCCGUAUUUCCCUGACUUGCAAGAUCGUAUCGACUCAGCCAUCGAGAAAGGUCAGAGCAUAACCUGGAAGCAUGGUCUUCUCACCAAGGAGCCGUGCUUGUGCCAUGGAAUUUUUGGAAACGCAUUGUACGUUUCCCCCGUACUCAACCCCCUUUCCCCUUUUCUUCACCGUGAUAUCCUAAGUAGACCUCGGCUGCGACUGACCUCGGAGUAGGGUGCUUCCCCGUGGACCUAAUCGACAACACUUCCUUGCACUGGCCACCGCUGAUGCAGUGGAGAAAGUGCGCCGACACGAUCCAAAGUUAUUCGAAUCUGCAUCUUAUGGCCACAAAGCCGCAGUCCUCAUGAACUAUCUGCCGAGUGCCGCGUGGACAUGGGCUGUUUGCGAACAUGAGCAUCCCCAGCUUAUCAUGUACAAUGAUGUGUAGUGCAUUAAGCAGUCUGGUGGUUUGAUACUUCUUCAUAGGUACAUGACUGUUGUUGCAGCUUGGUGAUUCAAGAGCGGUAUCAUGUGGACAAAGAUGUCCAUUUCCAUGUUGCAUCCACCUUUCCUUAAUGAAUUGAUGAAUCGAUAUCUUUGAUCCAAAAUGGACGUGGGAUGUAACUGUCAGUCGUGAUCAAAGUGGGUGCUUAACCGAGGAUAUACUGGUAAGGAGUCUAGAAUACCACCAGACUUUCACAAGCUCGGCCAUUAGAAUCCUGAUUUACAAGCCCCAUAGUUUCAAGCGAGAGGCAAUAUUUGAGCUCAACCAAUCUCUUGGCCAGAUGAGGAUGCAGGCGAUCUCGAAGGCGAGAGACAAGAAGCCAGACAUAGCCUUGCGUGAUAAGACUUCCGGUGGUGGUUCGUGAGGAGGAUCCACACUCACGUUGCGAUACGUCCACAGCAUCGGACCCAUAGCCCGGACGUUACUGGAGAAUGAUCGGAGUUGGAAGCCUUUCAUGGAUGAGGCUUGUUUGAAGUUAUUCCAUAGGAUUUCCACCUUGUGCUUUCGGAAACGCCUUGUUAUUGGUUCCUGUUUGGCGGAUCGACUCAUGGGUAGACACAUCAAAUCUGCGGCUGAACCAACUUGGGGCUGAUCUUACAGACAAGGAAAACCUCAACACCGAAUCCCGUAGAACAAGAAUUGAGAAUCAUGGCGAGCUUCGAUGACCCAUUGAGUCCCAUUUUUUUCUUUCAUUUUUUUUUAGGAGUCAUCGAAAGACCCGGUUUAUAAAGGUGAUAUUCAUCGGCAUAGCCGACGAACUCUGAGAUUUCAAAGGCCAUGGCCAUGUGAAUAUGUGAUUCCCUGUGAAAGUGGUAGAACAUAGAGAUUUCUGGUGAUGAAACAUUCCAUUAGGGUGCAAUGCCAAGCUCAGCUCAGAUCAUAGGGCUUGCUUGAGACUCAUAUCAUGCGACGUUGGCAACGGUCGGGCUGCGAUGCGGUUUUCGGCCGAAAGGCGCCAGACCCAAGGGGCUCUGGAGUCUGGAGCCUCUUGGGAGCCUCUUAUGGGGCGUCCUGGAAGAGUCUAGUGAGGCGAAAAGAAGCGUCAAGAGAAGAGGCUAGGAAAGACGACGGCGUGGAACAUGAAUAGAUUGGUAAUGUAUGAAGUAAUGAUGGGCCUGGGCUUGUGCCAUGCAGCCUCUAGAUGAAAAAUCACGAGCAACUAACGUUACGUCCGUACCUAUCUGAAGGAGAUUGCCAGGCAUUGAUCGUGUCUGAUAAUCGGAACAUGAAAACGAAAAUGGAGAAGGGG